GCUGUCAUGGCCGCUUCCGUGUGCCGGUAUCCGCACAUGGAGUUCUAGGACUGUGGACUUAUUUUCAGGAACUGUCGCCGUUAGACUUCGGCGUCUUUGGACCCUCCUCCUUUCACUUUCUUUCGUUGACUCCUGUGUGACUCUUGUAGGACCCCGUUUUGGCUGCAGCGAUGUCCGGGGUGAUGUGGACCCCGGAGCUGGCAGUUCUGAGGGGAUUUUCCACUGAGGCUGAGCGGCAGCAAUGGAAGCAGGAGGGAGUCGCCGGCUCUGAGAGUGGAUCUUAUCUACAGUUGCUGCUAGAAGGGAACUAUGAGGCCAUAUUCUUAAAUUCAUUGACUCAAAAUAUUUUUAAUUCAACAAUGAUGACUGAAGAAAAGAUUGACAGCAACCUAGAGAAGCAGGUAGUAACGUUCCUGGAUUACUCAACAGAUUUGGACAAAACCGAAAGACAACAGCUGAUAUUCCUACUUGGUGUGAGCAGUUUGCAACUUUUUGUUCAGAGUAACUGGACGGGGCCUCUUGUGGAUUUACAGCCUCAGGAUUUUUUGCCAUCUGUUUUGUUCCAGCAAUUCAGUGAGGUCAAAGGACUGGAUGCAGUUGUUCUGAGUCUGCUCAUUCUAGAUGGUGAAUCAAUCUACAGCCUGACCUCGAAGCCUCUACUGCUGUUACUAGCGCGAGUUAUCCUAGUGAAUGUAAGACAUAAACUGACAGCUAUUCAGAGCUUACCAUGGUGGACUCUGAGAUGUGUGAAUAUUCAUCAGCAGUUGCUUGAGGAGCGCUCACCUCAGCUUUUUGCUCUUGCUGAAGACUGUGUUGAUCAAGUGAUGAAACUAGAGAAUCUGUUUGUAGAUGAUUCAGGUCGAUAUUUGGCUAUUCAAUUCCAUCUGGAAUGUGCAUAUAUAUUUUUAUAUUAUUAUGAAUAUAAAAAAGCAAAAGAUGAGUUCAAUAUUGCUAAAGACAUCAGCAAAUUACAAAUUGAUUUGACAGGUGCUUUGGGAAAAAGGACACGAUUCCAGGAAAAUUAUGUGGCACAGCUUAUUCUAGAUGUAAGAAGAAAAGGAGACGUCUCUUCAAGUUGUGAAUUCAGUCCAGCAGCCACUCCUCAGGAACAUUUAACCAAGCAUUUUUUUGUAUUCCACCAGAAUCUUGAGCUCAAUGAUGAUACUGUUCUGAAUGAGAUAAAGUUAGCAGAUUGUGAACAGUUUCAGACGCCUGACCUAUGUGCUGAAGAGCUUGCUGUUAUCCUUGGGAUCUGCACAAAUUUCCAAAAGAAUAAUCCAGUGCAUAAGUUAACUGAAGAGGAGCUGCUGGCAUUUACAUCAUGUUUGCUUUCACAACCAAAGUUCUGGGCCAUUCAGACAUCAGCCUUGAUCCUCCGGACAAAACUUGAAAGAGGAAGCACACGCCGAGUGGAACGGGCAAUGAGGCAGACACAGGCUCUUGCAGAUCAAUUUGAAGAUAAAACCACGUCUGUACUGGAACGUCUGAAGAUUUUCUAUUGCUGUCAAGUACCACCUCACUGGGCCAUUCAGCGCCAACUUGCAAGUUUACUCUUUGAGUUGGGAUGUACCAGUUCAGCCCUUCAGAUAUUUGAGAAGCUAGAAAUGUGGGAAGAUGUUGUCAUUUGUUAUGAAAGAGCCGGGCAGCAUGGGAAGGCAGAAGAAAUCCUUAGGCAAGAGCUGGAGAAAAAAGAAACGCCAAGUUUAUACUGCUUGCUUGGAGAUGUCCUUCGAGACCACUCUUACUACGACAAGGCCUGGGAGCUGUCCCAGCACCGCAGUGCUCGAGCGCAGCGCUCCAAAGGCCUCCUUCAUCUGCGAAACAAGGAGUUUAAAGAAUGUGUGGGGUGCUUUGAACGCUCGGUGAAGAUCAAUCCCAUGCAGCUUGGUGUGUGGUUUUCUCUUGGCUGUGCCUAUUUGGCCUUGGAAGACUAUGGAGGUUCAGCGAAGGCAUUUCAGCGUUGUGUGACUUUAGAACCUGAUAAUGCUGAAGCUUGGAACAAUUUAUCAACUUCCUACAUCCGAUUAAAACAAAAAGCAAAAGCUUUUAGAACUUUACAAGAAGCCCUCAAGUGCAACUAUGAACACUGGCAGAUCUGGGAAAACUACAUUCUCACUAGCACUGAUGUUGGGGAAUUUUCAGAAGCCAUUAAAGCUUAUCAUCGGCUCUUGGACUUACGAGACAAAUACAAAGAUGUUCAGCUUGCUUGUGCAUUUUUUAAGGUCCUUAAAAUUCUGGUCAAGGCAGUGAUGGAUGGGAUGACUGAUCGAAGUGGAGAUGUUGCAACUGGCCUCAAAGGAAAGCUGCAGGAGUUAUUUGGCAGAGUAACUUCAAGAGUGACAAAUGAUGGAGAAAUCUGGAGGCUGUACGCCCAAAUAUAUGGAAAUGGGCAGAGUGAAAAGCCUGAUGAAAAUGAAAAGGCGUUCCAGUAUCUCUCUAAGGCAUACAAGUGUGACACACAGUCCAGUUGUUGGGAGAAAGAUAUCACAUCGUUUAAGGAAGUGGUUCAGAGAGCCUUAGGACUUGCACAUGUGGCUGUAAAAUGCAGUAAAAGCAAAUCCAGUCCUCAGGAGGCUGUGCAAGUGCUUUCUUCAGUUCGACUCAAUUUACGAGGCUUGUUAUCUAAAGCAAAGGCCAGGGACUUCAUGGAAAUAAACUCCUGGAACCUAGACACUCACCUAAAGUCAUCCAGUCCAUGCUCUGCCAGAACAGAGUGACUCCUCGGCCCAGUGCCCUGUCAUUGUACAGUUUGCCACAGAGGGGCCUGAGGGCUGUUGGUGAGAAUGCUGGAGGGCCUGAGGACGAGACAGAUGACCACUUACACUCUGUGGGAUCCUCAACAAAUUAUUCAUUCUUUCUAAGCCUCAGUCUCUCUCUGCUUCCUCUUUAGCUUAUAGGGAAGUGAUGCAGAUUCAUGAUGAUUGCAAGCAGUGUAAUUCUUAGUAAAAACAAAGUAUGCUAUGUGAGUCCCAGUUAUUUUCCUCAAAGGUGUUUUCCCUACUGAUCACAUUGCGGCAGUUCUUACGUCGUUCUAUUAUGAAAUGCUGUACAAGGUGUGACUACACAGUUAUGGGACAAAUCUUUACUAAGCAUUUUUGAAGUUCUGCAUUCAAGUGAAUGCUCUUUGCUCCAAAAAUCACUCUGCGCAACUCUAAGCUUAUCCCAGUGAUUGUACCACCACCCAAAACAUCUCUGGGACUCUCUUUAUAGAAUAGCUGUCAGAACAGUUGUCACGUGCUAUCAUCUGUGGUAGUGAUAGUAAAUAAUAAAAUUUUACUAGUAAAUUUGAUCUUUGUAAACAAAUCUAGUCAAGUCUGAUGAAAAAAGAUAUAUGGUAAACUGAGUAAAUUACGUUUCUGAUUAAAACACACGUGCGCGCGCACAUCCCCACACACAAUGUGGUCAUAAAAUCCUGAAGGUGAUUUUCUUGGGCACUUAUACUGGCUCAGCAGGCAGUUCCUAGAGAGGCAUUCCAAAAUAUUUCAGCUAUGGUACCAUUAUUGUAGUAUGUUGCAAUAUGCCUCCCAAAGCAAUUCCUUUUACAGGAGGAGAGCACAUUUAUUUUUAUUUUAUUUUGCUGGGCUUUUUGCUUUUACCAAAUCUUGAUAAUCUUUGUGGCCUCUGAGUCCUAAGCCUGAAUUAAUUCUCAAAUAAUUAGCAAAAAGGGAAUGGUUUAUAUGAACUUGAGUGUAAAAUAUAUUUGUUUUGCCUGUAUACACAAUGAGUAGAUUUGUUUCGUUUGGAUGAAUUAUGUCUAUUCAUCCAAAAUCCUCCUAUGACAUUGAAAUAAAUGACUAAUAUUCAAGGCAACCAUUUUGAAGAGCAGAGCUCAUUUGAAUUUACAAGUUCAGGCAUGUUGUUUAAUUCAUCAUUUAAUUGUUGCAGCUUGUACAUUUCCAGGAUGGCGAACAGAAUGAAUACUAUCAUAGCUACUAUAAUGUUAUAGUAUCAUUAUGUAAAGGGAACUUUACUUCUAUACUCUGUAUCUAUUUUAUUUUA